AGGCCCCGGCUUCGUUCACUGUAUCGACUGCCAUAAAAACCGAAAAACAAAAAAGAAAUUAAAUUAAUAAAUUAAUGAGGCAAACACCUAUCCAAUAACUAAAGAUAAGUGAUAUAAGAAAACAAAUUACGAAAGAAGAAGAGAAAUAGUGCCGUUUAGUUCUUUGUCUUUACAUUUUACAAGUGGUUUAAAAUUAAUCUCGCCGUAGAAUUAAGUAUAAAUAUGUCAAAUAACACAGAUUCCGUGUUAUUUGACAAUACCAUGGAACAAGGCAACAACGAAGGAUGUGGUGAGGCGGGAUGUAUUGAGGCUCCACGUGAGGCUUUGAUAACUACUGCUGUUAAUUUUUUAACAAAUUCCAAAGUACGCCAUACUACGCUAGUACAAAAACAACAAUUUCUACGGUCCAAAGGUCUUACAGAAAAAGAGAUACAGAUGGCCUGCGAAAGAGCCGGGGUGUUUACACAAGAUCCCAAUGCUCCGACCGUAAUUAAUAUGGGCAUAAAUGCCACACAAACUCAUGCUCAACUUGCCAUACAGCCCAUGAGGACUACAGCUUUGGGCCGUCUCAAAGAGAUAUUGCAUUCAAUGGCCCUAUUAGGCGGAGUGGCAUAUGCAAUAUAUGCUUUCUGGAAGAAAUUCUUGGAACCGUUUUUAUUUGGCAACAAAAAGAAGAAAACCACAGACGAAGCUUUGUCAGAUAUUGACCAAAAAGUUGAUACUCGCAUUGGAGAAGUCAAAACAGAGUUGACCCAAGUCAAAGAGUCCUUGGCUAGGGAACAACGCGAUCAAACCCAACAAUUUAUGCGAGAAUUUAAUCAAUUUAAGAGCGAUUUGGAGGCUAUCAAAGGUUUAUUAUUGAAUCGUAAACAAUUCGCUUCACCCCUGGUGUCUGGCGUUGUAGGUGGACCUGCUUCUAUACCAGCUUGGCAACUGUCUUCGUCUUCUCCCCACCACCUACGUCAUCACAAAGACAGUCAAUCGGAUGAUAAUGAGAAAAAUGAUGAUGUAGGCUCCGGCUCAGGCUCAUCCGAGACCGAGGUGGUAACCAAAAACAGUGAUUCCAGCUUAGAAAUUAUGUAAAAUCAUACAAAAUAGGCUUAAUUUUCCUUAAAAAAAAGCAACUGCAUACAUUUAUAUAUAUAUGAAAGAUGCACACAAUAAUUGUGUGAAUGUUCUUCUAGCGUAUUUAUUUACUGAAGUAAAUAGAUUAUGUAUCUGGUCUGAUAAGAUUGUGUUAAGGGCAAUAUACACUGAAAUUAAUUAUGUGUUUGUAA